AUGAGUCUCUUUGCGACGAUAUGCAGUAGUGCCUCCGAUGUUAGUAACGGAUUUUCCACGAAAGAUGGCGGUUAUUACACCGAUGAUGCAGUCAUAUUAAACGCGGCAGUUUCUCGAUCAAGAAGAGAUGCACAGAAUAACACCCGUGAUGGGAAACAAUUUAUCCUAUUCCAGACUAGAACGGCUGACGAGGGUGCUUUCGGGCAGGAUUGCGAGACCACACUGGGCAAAAAGGGGACAUGUAAAGAAUUCCGGGAAUGUUACCCCUUAAUCAAGGUCGUUGCCCUCAAUGGCGGCGAUGGGUGGGUAAUGGGCCACUAUGACACUUGCAGUUAUAUUAGCGGUGAUAACAUGGAAGUGUUCGGUGUUUGUUGUACGGAACCUGUAGGCACGCCACCGCAGCAGGAGCCGGAUGUCCAGCGGUUAGGCGUCCUACCACCGGCCGUACCAAUGCAGUUACCACCACAGUUAUCAAGUUUCCACAGAGGUGUCUUAUCAGCACUGUCUCCGGAGUGGGCGCUCGGCGGCGGGCUCAACUUCCGCCAGAUACCUGUAGGGUGGCCACCAGCAAUUCCGCCGCUGCCCACGCAUCCUCCAGACCACACUGCCCCUACGCACCCGCCUUCGCUAGUUGCAGGAGUUACUACCAAACCACCCACUAGCACAAUGGCUACUACCUGGCCUACUAGGCCGCAAAUGACCACCAAACCGACAACCAAGCAAACGUGGCCUCCGAUGUAUCCAACGCAGCCAACCAGACCACCUGCGCAUCCCGUCGUCGACGGUUCUUGUGGCAACAAAAAUAUCAGGAGUAUAGAGACAGACGACGAGCGCAUUGUGGGUGGCCAGAACGCGGAGUUGAACGAGUGGCCCUGGAUAGUAGCGCUGUUCAACGGCGGCCGGCAGUUCUGCGGCGGCUCGCUGAUAGACGACAGGCAUGUGCUGUCUGCGGCUCACUGCGUUGCCCACAUGACUUCGUGGGAUGUCGCAAGAUUAACGGCAAGACUGGGAGACCACAACAUCCGUAUAAACACAGAAACACAACACAUUGAAAGGAAGAUCAAGCGAGUUGUGAGGCAUCGGGGUUUCGACAUGCGGACUUUGUACAACGACAUAGCUAUAUUAACUGUGGACCAACCAGUACAGUAUACUAGGAACAUCAGGCCAGUAUGUUUGCCAAGUGGAGGACGAAUGUACACCGGUCAAACGGCGACUGUUAUAGGAUGGGGAAGUUUGCGAGAGAGCGGACCUCAACCAGCGACCCUGCAAGAAGUGACAAUCCCGAUCUGGUCUAACUCUGACUGCCGCUUAAAGUAUGGAGGUGCCGCGCCCGGCGGCAUCGUGGACCACAUGCUGUGUGCAGGGAGAGCCAAUAUGGACUCGUGCAGUGGUGACAGCGGUGGCCCACUUAUGGUCAACGAAGGAGGCCGAUGGACUCAAGUGGGCGUGGUCUCGUGGGGUAUCGGGUGUGGCAAGGGCCAAUACCCGGGUGUCUACACAAGAGUCACCGCGUUCCUGCCUUGGAUACAGAAGAACUCCAAAUAG